CGUCGUCGAUGAUGAUGAUGGCAAUGGAUCCCGUGUGGAUAUCAAGUUAUACUUCCUUUAUACCCUUCACUACUACUCGUAUGAAUACUCAAGUGUUUAGCAACUCCAUUUAUUCUAGACGCCCCCUAUUCUUACAAACUAGAUGCAUGGGAUGCUAUUCAUUACGAGUUGCUACUCAAAAGUCGAAACAGUUUUUGACUCGUUCCAAGCCUUGUUACCGACCCAAAAAGUGCUUUUCACUUGUGGCUUCUGAAAUACCACCGCAAAACAAAAACUCUUCAGAAGCACCUGAAGAAAACCAACAACCUUCUCAAGAGCAAGAGCAGUCAACCCCAGAAGAGUCUCCAGAUAUCCUUCAGUCUCCAAGUUUCCUGAAAAGAAAAUUGGAGUUGGUACAACAAGAGCUGGAAGAAAGCAAAGCAGAAACGUCCAAGUGGGAGAAACAAUACCAUGAUCAGAAAGAAGCCUACAUUCGGUUGGUUGCGGAGUUUGAAAACUAUCGCAAAAGGAUGAACAAAGAGAAACAAGAUAUUGCUGAAGUUACCAAAGCCAAUGUCAUUCGGGAGUUGAUUGCGGUGUUGGAUAACUUUGAACGAGCUGCAGCAGCCAUAAUUGUCAACACAGAAAGCGAGCAAAAGAUACACGACUCUUAUCAAGCACUUGCUAAACAGUUGUUGGAUGCGAUGAUGAAGUUGAAUGUGGAACCGAUUGAUGCAGUAGGUCAACCUUUUAACCCCAAUUUACAUGAAGCGGUCAACCGUGUGGACUCGGAAGAUCAUGAAGAAGGUAUAGUGGCUAUGCAGUAUCAACGUGGUUAUAAAAUAGGAGAAAGACUGGUGAGACCAGCUCUUUGUGUGGUUUCUAGUGGACCUGGUCCCCACAAAAAGGAACAGCCUAAGAAGAAGAAGAAGGAAGAAGAAGAAGAUAUCACAACCCAAACUUUAGAAAAUGGUGUCAAAUAAGAGUUACUGGUUGGAUGAUAUUUGGUUUUGUGUUGAAAUAAACAAAAUAGGAGGUUUUAAGGU